GAGAUAUCUCUCUGGACUCGGUUCACCUGUCUGCUUCUUCUUCACCCCGUUGUGUUUGAAGUGUUGCAUCAGUCAUGGCGGAGGAAAACCUGUCCGUGGUGCUGCACGCACGGGGAGACCUCCGGGUGGAAAAUCGCCCGAUCCCGGAGCCAGGGCCUAAUGAUGUUUUGCUCCAGAUGAACUCAGUUGGAAUCUGCGGAUCAGAUAUUCACUACUGGCAGCACGGACGGAUAGGGGACUACGUGGUCACAACACCGAUGGUGUUGGGGCACGAGGCGUCGGGGCGAGUGGUGAAGGUCGGAUCAGCAGUCAAGCACCUUGCCGUGGGUGACAGAGUGGCCAUUGAGCCGGGCUCACCUCGCGAGAUGGAUGAGUUCUUCAAAAAUGGACGUUAUAACUUGUCUCCGACGAUCUUCUUCUGUGCCACUCCCCCCGACGAUGGAAAUCUGUGCCGAUACUACAAACACAGUGCCAACUUCUGUUACAAGUUACCUGAUAACGUGACACUUGAGGAAGGAGCCCUAAUCGAACCUCUGUCUGUGGGGAUCCACGCCUGUCGCAGAGCCGGUGUGACCCUCGGCAGCACCGUGCUCAUCUGUGGCGCAGGAACUAUUGGGUUGGUCUGCUUGCUUGUUGCUAAAGCAAUGGGGGCCUCACAGGUCGUCAUCACUGAUAUGUUACCCGAGCGUCUGACAAUGGCCAAAGAGUUGGGUGCAGACUUCCAGCUGAAGGUGAAGAUGGGAGACGAACCUCAGCAUCUGGCCAAGAGCGUGGAGGAGCAGCUGGGCGCUCAGCCUCACGUUGCUAUUGAAUGCUCUGGUGUGGAGAGCAGCGUUCAAACGGCCAUCUACGCAACACGUUCAGGAGGCGUGGUGGCGUUGGUGGGUGUUGGUGCUCAGAUGGUCACUGUCCCUCUGUCCAAUGCUGCCUUAAGAGAAGUGGACAUCAGAGGAGUUUUCCGCUACUGCAACACCUGGCCGAUGGCCAUCGCCAUGUUGGCGUCAGGGAAAGUGAACGUGAAGCCCCUCGUGACCCACCGCUUUCCCCUGGAGCAGGCGGCCCAGGCCUUUGAGACCACGCGGCAGGGUCUCGGGAUCAAGGUCAUGUUGAAGUGCGACCUGAAGGACCAGAAGCCCUGAUAUGACCCGUCUGAGAGCGACGCAGCGUGACAAGUAGACAGAAUUACAGACCAACACUGACCCCAGAGAGACGAGCCGAUAACAGCGCUGUGCUCUGAGGUCAGAGAUGAAACGAGCGUCACGUGGUGACAGUGAUUUGGUCAUGAUGCUCAACUUUGUUUUUAAUUUAAAUACAUUUUAAGGUUCGAUAAUUUGUUGUUGUUUUUAAAUGUAUGCUAAUUUGUUAUAUGGCUACUAUAGUCAAAGAAAAUCCUAAAAUGAUUGAAUAAAACUAUAAUGUCA